AUGGUAGGCCAGGUUUUGCGUUUUGGCGGGAAUGGGCUUGGCCAGAUACUCACCGCGGCGGCUGUGGCUCUCCUACUCCGGCUGUUUUCCGGCCCGGGCCCUGCUCUGCCGCCCGGUUCUGAGUCCGAUCACGAUGACAUGGAGAAAGAUGAGGAUGAAGCUGGUGCCGAUGAUGAAACCGACCAUUCUCCCUCCGUCGGGAAGAAGGUUGCUCCGGUUACAAUCCGGUGGCGCAACAUCAACUGUUCCCUCUCUGACAAGCGCUCUGAAUCAGUAAGAUUCCUGCUUAAAAAUGUAAGCGGAGAGGCAAAACCAGGAAGGUUGCUUGCAAUAAUGGGGCCAUCAGGUUCAGGGAAAACGACUUUGCUCAAUGUUUUAGCUGGGCAGCUGAUGGCAUCCCCGCGUAUGAAUUUAUCCGGUCUUCUGGAGGUUAAUGGGAAGCCAUAUUCGAACAGAGCUUACAAGUCGGCUUAUGUGAGACAGGAGGAUCUUUUCUUUUCUCAGCUAACUGUAAGGGAGACACUUUCGCUGGCUGCAGAGCUUCAGCUUCCUCAUAUAUCUUCUGUGGAAGAAAGAGAUGAAUAUGUGAAUGGUUUGUUGUUCAAACUGGGUCUGGUUAAUUGCGCCGAUUCUAUCGUUGGAGAUGCAAAAGUUCGUGGUAUAAGUGGCGGCGAAAAGAAGCGGUUAUCAGUUGCAUGUGAACUUAUAGCGAGUCCUUCCAUAGUUUUUGCUGAUGAACCGACAACAGGUCUUGAUGCAUUCCAGGCAGAGAAAGUAAUGGAAACUCUGCGACAGCUGGCUCAAGAUGGACAUACAGUUAUUUGCUCGAUUCACCAACCAAGGGGUUCGGUUUACGAUAAAUUCGACGAUAUUGUGUUGCUGACAGAGGGUGCUUUAGUUUAUGCCGGCCCUGCUGGUGAUCAGCCAUUGACCUACUUCUCAAAAUUUGGGUAUAAAUGUCCAGAGCACGCCAAUCCCGCUGAAUUUUUGGCUGAUCUCGUCUCGGUUGACUACAGCUCUGCUGAAAGUGUAUACUCAUCUCGGAAAAGGAUCGACGGCCUUGUUGAGUCAUUUGCAGAACAAGCAACCUUGAUACUGUACACAACUCCACUUAAGAGGAGUGGGAGAGGCAGUGAGAGGAAAUUUGGAAAAAGAAUUGCUUCAAAUGGAAAAGGGAAUUGGUGGAAACAAUUUAGGUUACUUCUUAAACGUGCAUGGAUGCAGGCCUCACGUGAUGGGCCUACAAACAAAGUACGUGCAAGAAUGUCCAUGGCAUCAGCUCUUAUAUUUGGCUCAGUGUUCUGGAGAAUAGGUAGAUCCCAGACAUCAAUACAAGAUAGGAUGGGAUUGCUUCAGGUUGCAGCAAUAAACACUGCCAUGGCUGCUCUCACCAAAACCGUUGGUGUGUUUCCCAAGGAAAGAGCUAUAGUUGACAGAGAGCGAGCCAAGGGGUCUUACGCUUUGGGACCCUAUCUGCUUUCCAAAAUGAUAGCUGAGAUUCCUGUGGGGGCAGCGUUUCCUCUCAUGUUUGGUGCUGUACUUUAUCCUAUGUCUGGCCUCCAUCCUACUUUAUCAAGGUUUGGGCAGUUCUGUGGAAUUGUGACGGCAGAGUCAUUUGCCGCUUCUGCAAUGGGUCUAACAGUGGGGGCUAUGGUUCCAAGCACUGAAGCCGCAAUGGCUGUGGGACCCUCUCUCAUGACUGUUUUCAUUGUUUUUGGUGGCUAUUAUGUGAAUGCUGACAAUACGCCGAUUAUAUUCAGAUGGAUUCCCCGUGUAUCAUUGAUAAGAUGGGCCUUUCAAGGACUUUGCAUCAAUGAAUUCAAGGGUCUUCACUUUGACCAUCAAAACUCUUUCGAUGUUGAAACUGGAGAGCAGGCACUAGAGCGUCUAUCCUUCGGCGGAAGCAGGAUCAACGAUACAGUGAUGGCUCAGAGUAGAAUUCUGGCAUUCUGGUAUUGCACCACCUACUUUCUCUUACAGAAAAAUAAGCCCAAAUACCAGCGGCUGGAGGCAGCACCACCUUCAUCAGAACAAACCGAAAAGCUGGAGCCUACGGAGCCUGAACAAACUACGCAGCUACUUCAGCAACAAGAUCAACUUACGGCAACACAAGAAGAGGAAGAAGCAGCAGCAGCAGCAGCAGAAGAAGAAGAAUCAAAUUCACAGUUCAAAGAGAUACCACCACCCGACGACCAAAUCCGACCAUUUAUCUUUGAAGGUUUGUAA